GUUCGCGCUUAGGCAAGUGGGCGGGAUUUUUCAUUUUAUUGGUCCACCGAGAUUCGGGUUAUUCAGUGCUUCAUAACAAACUGGCUAAUCAUUGAAACAGCUAGUUGGCUAACUAGCCAAGGUUGCAGUGAGAUAAUUGAACAAGUAGCGCGGAAAGUAGUUAUUCAAUAAAUCGAUUUAGAUGUAACUGUUGCAACUAGGCGCUCGGUGAUUCAAGAUCUGGACGUAUUUGGUGAGAGUGGGAGAAUGGUGGUUCCGGACAGCGGAAGCGGGGCUCAGCAGGCAGACAGCGGCACGGUGCCGGGGUUCGAAGACGAGCAGAAUGGAGCGGAGCUGGAGGAGGUCCGCAAGUUGCGCGAACUCGUGCGGCGCCUUGAAGUACAGAACGAAAGCUUGCGCAGCCGGGGCACCACGCGUCACCACAGCACGAACGCUGAGAGACCGCUGUGCGAGGACACCGGCACCAGCUCAGGCAGAGACUUCCAGACUUUGUCUCCUCCUCAGGACAGUGUCAGCGAGGACAUGUCUCCUCUUCCCGAAACCACAAUGCUGGAGGACGGAGAAGAGACGGAAGAGCACGGCCCAGUGUUUCGUCUUCCUUGUGCCGCUCCACCGGGGCACCCUCAAGAACACACACACGCCAGUUCUUCCGAUAGCUACGAUUCAGAGACACUCGGCGGGAGCGAUGCCGGCGUAGACCAGUCUGCUCUGGAUGAGGUGGACGUGCUCGACUUGGACGACUGCGCCGAUAUCGACGGUGAAGACUGCUGGUUGUACGUGUCUCCGAAGAAGCACGUACAGACGGCGCAGGGUCCCGAGUCUCCACUGAAAUGGUGUCGGAAAGUGCUCGAUCACCCGAGUCCUGAGACCGAGGUGGCUUGCAGGACACUUCUGAGCCGCCUGGACCAAAGCUCGAGAUGGAGGAACGUGUACAGCAGCCCAUCGCAAACCCCCGCGGGCUCGUCAGCCGAGGCUGGCCCAGCUCAUUCUCCUGGGUACCACAAAUCAACUAACAAAACCCUACUAACCUGUGGCAGCUCAGGUUACAUGAGCAUGCACUCGGCGCUGAGCUCCCAGUCCUCCAUCGACAGCGAGCUGAGCACGUCGGACGAUUCCAUCUCGAUGGGCUACAAGCUGCAGGACCUGACGGACGUGCAGAUCAUGGCUCGGCUACAAGAGGAGAGUCUGAGGCAAGACUACGCUUCGAGCUCGGCCUCGGCAUCGCGGCGGAGCUCUGCGGCUUCGCUGCACUCGUUGAGGCGAGGCACCUACAGCGACCAGGAGCUGGACUCCUACAGUUUGGAGGACGAAGAGGCAGACAGCAUGCCUUUCACGCACCUCCACCGCCGUCACUCGCCUUCUCCUGGCACCUCACCUCGCUGUCCGUCACCUGCAGCUGGAACAAGUGUGCCCAGGCGCUCCCUUCAAGGCACGGCGCCAGAGCUCCUCAAAUUUACUAGGAGUGAGGAGGAGUUAAGACACAGCAUGCCUAACUUGGCCCCACGCACCAGCCUGCGCUCGCUGGAGGCAGUGAGAAACAGCCGUAGCAUGGAGGCUAAUCUGCACAGUUCAGGCAGCCGCAUGUCCCGCCUGCCCCAGUCCCCCACAGGUGUGUCCACCACCCGAUUAAGAGGCAGCGGGCAGUCACCGCUCUUGUUGCGGGCUCCUGUGAAAGCUCUCAGCCCCGUGGGCAGCAUGGCUGCGGUGCGACAGUCCGCAAGACAGAGUGCUGGAGCUCAGGGACCCGCUCCAGCAGCACGGCGGGUGCAGUCACCAGGGCCUGCCAAUGGAGCAGCUUAUUCUGCAGGCAGGACUGCUACGACAGGGCCAAAACAAGCAGCGGGCAGAAGCAUGGCACCAGCGUCCUCAAAAAGCAGACUUGCCCAGACCCCUAGAAGCAGGUCUCUGGGAAUGACAAAAACCUGCGGUCCUAUAGCAGACGAUUCCUGGAAGGAUGGCUGUUACUAAAGCUUUUGUCAUUCUCCUUUACACACUCCUAGAAAACAUCCAUGAAACACCGCUGCCUUUACAAACAUCACAGGGACACCGGACACACCGAGGCCAGAAGCAGAAAGGCACAAAAAAAAAAAAACACCACCACAGGAACCCUGGAAAGUUUUACUCCAGCAUGAAUCUUCUUACCCCCUCUGCCACACUAGCCAGAGAAACGCUAAUGGAAAACCUUUGAGACGACAUGAUUUGUUUCAUCAGACUUUAAAAUGGGCUGUUUUUUUUUUUUUUUUUUUAAAUAAAUAUGACAAGCUGCUUUAUUUUUAUGAUAACUGGAGAAGUUGCUGGGGGAAAAAAAAUUGUCGUAGUGUAUAAAAUACCUGGAACAUAUGUAUAUGUUGUUUUAACGAUUACAUUUCGGAAGUAAGUUCUUAGAUCCUUAUUCAGAACAAGUGGAUGUCCUCUGUUUUGUUCUUCCAGAAAUGACGGAAAAUAUGUAUGAGCUGUUUCACUGGAAUUUUAUCUGACCUAAAAAAAAAAAACAAACAAGAAAAAAAAAAAAAACCCACCACGGUCUAUGCAGUCUUCCAUCUUCUCAAAAAGUGAAAAAAAAAAAAAAGCUAUAAUAAAAUUGACGUCACUGGGUUCUGCUUUA